AUAUGACAGGCAGGUGGUUGCGGCUCUUCCCCCUCCACGCGCAGCAGUCUUCACAACAGUCCACAACUCACCUCGCUAAACCUCAACGCGACAGAACCUUUGACCUGCCAGAGACAAAGCAAAGUCGGGUUGUCAACAGCCUGAUUGUCAACAACAAUCUGCUCCCAUGUGGCGGUAGAUCGACCUCUGUUUUCCUCGGAGCGCAUUGAAAAUGUCACAAUCGUUGCGUCCAUACCUCCAAUGCGUCCGAUCAUCACUUACUGCAGCGCUCUCCCUCUCCAACUUUGCCUCACAGGCCGCCGAAAGACACAAUGUGCCUGAGAUAGAAGCCGCGAGCUCUCCCGAAGUCCUGUUAAAUCCGCUGACCAUUGCACGAAAUGAGAACGAAAAGGUCUUCAUAGAGCCGUCCGUCAACAGUGUGCGUGUCAGCAUACGCAUAAAGCAGGCAGACGAAAUCGAAAACAUCCUCGUUCACAAGUUUACUCGUUUUCUAACCCAGCGUGCCGAGUCCUUCUUCAUAUUGAGACGGAAGGCGGUCAAGGGCUAUGAUAUAUCUUUCUUGAUCACCAACACGCAUACCGAAGAAAUGUUGAAGCACAAGUUGGUGGACUUUAUCAUUCAAUUCAUGGAGGAAGUUGAUAAAGAGAUCUCCGAGAUGAAGCUCUUUUUGAACGCGAGAGCUCGUUUUGUUGCCGAGUCUUUCUUGACUCCCGUAAGUGUGAUGGCCGUCGUGGUAUAAUGCUUGCUUACCAUGGACAGUUCGACUAGAACGGUCUUACGAAUCAACAGAAGAACAAUGCCCGAAUGGCAAAGCAGCGCAUCCUGGAACAUUGGCCAGUCGUCUUACAUGUUACUGGCAUGUCCGGCACGUCCUACAUAUUCCAUCAGAACAUGCAAGGCUGUAAACUUGCGGGUCGUGGCCCCUGAGUCAUGUGACCUCGGUUGACGACCUGAAAGAGCCAGAAUGCUGUGAACAGCAUCUGCAACAAUUGAAAAGCAUUGAAGC